AUGGAGUGUAAGUUUAACAUGAUUAUUUGUUGAGUAAAUUCUUAUGUUCCAGAUAUUCUUCAUGACACACUCGAAAUUUGCAUUGAUAACCAGAUGAAUUCCACGGUUCUUCUUAAAAUCUACGAUAAAGACCCACACACCAGAGUAGCAGUUUAUAAAAACUUCGCAAACGGCCUCACAAUCAUUCCAAGACACUCAAUUUACGACUGGAACAAAGUGGUUCGUGACGGUCUCAAUGUCUCUGUGACAGCGAUCAAUAAAAUAGCAGUUGGAGUUCUCCAACUGAAAUGGUGCUGGAAGGAAGCCUACACAAAAAUUGGUGAGAACAUCUUCUAUAGAAUAUUGACUCUUUUAUUUUUUGCUUCAGAUCACUCGAUAACUUCUACUGUUCUCAAAAAUUAUCGGAAUUGGGAACCAGCAAUACACAUUCCGUUUUAUGUCCUUCAAGGUCAAAACGUCACUCGCUAUGUAGAUUUUUCUACAAUUCUCCCGAGAAGUGAGUAAAACAAACAGUACGUUUUAGUGUUAUAUGCCUUUUUUGCAGCUACUAUUCUGAAAAGUGAUUGGCAAAGAAAAGCAUUUUGUAUGAAUGCGACAAUCAAUGGAAACGUGAAGGUGCACAUGAGCCGAUGUGCAGGGGAUAGACCGUUCACAAUAGAACUGACCGCCACGAAGGAUCGUCAAAUCGUUAGGUACUGGGAUGAGUUUAUAUCGUUGAGCAAGAAGUGUCCUCCGCAUGAAGAAACCUUGACCGAUCAGUGAGUUUUUCAUGCAAUUAAUGUAAAUGAUCACAAUUGUUUUCAGUGUGUGGGUGCAAAUCGAGUCGAUGUAUCACAGUGACGUAGGAGAAAUAAUCGCCUACAACUGUCAUCACACAUGGGUUCUGAACGGCAAUCGAGAAGAAAUAAUCAGAAUCACGCCUACAUUGAACUAUGAAGAGGCGAACGUGUGGAUGUUUGAUUAUGUAGUCCUUCCGUUUCGUCGCAAUGUUCACUUUGCUUCAAUCAAGCAUUUGGUGGACACUGGUUAGUUUGAUUAACCGUUAAAACAAUAGUUUCCUAGUUUCAGCUCUUGUGAAAGGAUUGAACAUCAACUUUUCAUUCUCUGGCGGUUCUCCACAAACUGUAUCGUUCAGUUCGUGUUACGCAAGCGGAAGGCACACAUUACACAAGGAAACUCAAAAUCGGAAAUACACUUUGACAAGGUCUGAAGUCAAACUUCUUUCAGCGUUUUCUAAUGUGUUGGAUUGUCCAGAAGAGAAAACUCAUGGGUGAGCGUGUUGGAGAAAUGUUUACCUUAAAUCUGAAAAUAGUUUUUUACAGAGUUUAUAUCAGUUUCGGAGCUAGUGACACCGAAGUUUCCGGGACUUUUAUAAUGGAAUUGGAGAACGGACGUGGAGCGAACACUCCAAUUGGACCUCUCCGACACGACGACUACACGACUAUUGCGUUCAAUCUCAAACGAGGGGACCAAAUUUCCCGGAACGUUCACGUGUACCGAUUAUUCUCACCCGGUAGGAACUGUUUAAAUGUUUUCUUCUUUAAAUACCAACAAACAUUAAGGUGUUACCAACGCUCACUUGAAAAUUCACCAAUUCAUAAGUGCAACCGGUAAAGUGCAGGUAUCGAUUAGCAGAUGCGAGUUUUCACCGAGACUGAAACUGUUCGGAAAUUCAAAUUUGGAAAAUUUCACAUUUGAUAAAGAUACUGUCAACUACGUAAUGUCACUUUACCGACAAUCGCAUUGUUUGUCGGAUUAUCAGCCAUUGAACAGAUUUGAAUAUGAUGCGGAAGAAAAUCAUGGGUACUUUUAUUAUUUGAGCAAUUUUUACAGUAAUUUUUUGCAGUGUCUAUCUUCACGUCAAGGCAAUCGAAGACUCGAUUGGAUAUGUUGCAACUUAUCAAACAGUCAAUGCUCGAAUUCUCUGGCAUCAGCUGAACGAAGAGUAUGAACUGCCACCUUGUCAGUUUUUAUUUUUAAAUGUUUGAAACUGUUCACAAAUUGAAUUCUCAGACAACUAUCGAAUCGGGAAUAGUCUUCGCGUAUUCUCCACCAAAUCACGCAACAUUUCCCUUGAAAUCCAGAAUCUUCUCGAACGAGUCCAAGUGAAGCCCGCCGUUUCUCUCCGCUUCUACAUUGACUGCUCUGGUCCCUGCGAGUUUUCCGUAUCUGAAUGCGAGGACGUGGAACCGAAAGAAUGGAAAGCGGUGAGACCCCUCCACAAUCAAUCGUUUUCUGCGUGGUACUCUUUCGACAAAGAAGAAAUUGAUGUGCUUCACGCAUACUUCGAGUCUGAGAACUGCAGACAUAAACCUCAUAAAGCGUGAGUUCAGUCAAUAUGGAUGUUCUCACAAAUUAUGUGUCCGUUUCAGAGUGUUUGUACACAUUCGAUCGCCGAAAAACAUAUCUGUGCGUGUCGAGUUCUCACUGGCUAACGGAACGGAUCUGAAUCAAGUUGAUCCUUGCCUAAACUCUGAAACUGUGCAACUGAAAAAAGAGGAAGCCCAUCUGAAAACAAUCAUUUUGGUGAUAGAAGUCGCAACAGUCGUGAUCGCUUUAAUUGGUACUGAUUCUGACAACAACAAUUUUACCAAAUGUAAAGUUUUUCAGGAGCUUUGGGUGGAUUUUGGACGUACCGAUGUUUGAGGAGAAGUAACUGCAUAUCAAAAGAUCAAUUUCAGCUGAUGCAAAUGGAAAACGUGGAAUGA